CAGACAUAGAGGACGACACACGGACACACGGACACACGGACACACGGCAGAAGGAUAAAUUGAGAAAAUGGCAGCACCACCAGCAGCGGCGGCGGGUUCAUCGGAGGCAGAGGGUCCGAAGAUAGUGUGGAAUUCAGGGAAGCGGAGGUUCGAGACGGAGGACCAUGAGGCGUACAUCGAGUACGUGCUGAGGGAGAAGGGGAAAGUGAUGGACUUGGUCCACACCUUCGUCCCUUCUUCCAAGAGAGGCUUGGGUCUGGCUUCUCUCCUCUGCGUCGCCGCCUUCAACCACGCCAAGUCCCACUCCCUCUCCGUCAUCCCCACCUGCUCCUACGUCUCUGACACUUUUCUCCCACGGAACCCAUCCUGGAAUUCUCAUGUGUACUCAGCAGCACCCGGAGAGAUGAAGUCGAGCAUUUAAAUAACUAGUUUACUUGUAGCUGUAGCUAAUGAAGAAGAUGUUUGUUUUGUAAGCGUACAGGGCUGGCACUUCUCCUUCAACCGCAACAAGUUUCUGCGCUCUAGUACUUUCAAUAACAGAUUUUAUGAAUAAAACAUUCACUUCUUUUGC